GUCAAUAGAAGAUUUUUGUCAUCAACACCAACAUUGAAGUCGCAGGUUUGGAGUUGAUCUAGGAUGCAGUCCUACCUUGCUCUGCUGCUGGGGAUUGUGGCUUCUGCUGCUUCAGCAGAAUGGAGGCGUCCAGUGAUCAAGCUCAACUCUAAGGUGGUGGGCAGCUCUGAGGUGGUGGUCAAACCUGGGAUCCCUCUGGACCUGAGGUGUGAGGGGGACGGGCCUGUGAACUGGCAGACCAGGCUUCCAAAACACAGACGUUUUGUUUCUAAAGGCAAUGGGAAGGUCCGCACCUUAAAAGUUGAGCGUCCCUCUGCAGAGUUCACUGGAACAUAUAAGUGUUUUUACACUGGUGGAUCACAAUCACAUGAUCUGACAUCCUCUGUGCAUGUGUACGUCAAAGAUCCAAACAGGGUGUUCUGGACCACCAGCACGACCCUGCGUGUGGUGAGAAAAGAAGGCGAAGACUACCUGCUGCCCUGCCUGCUGACCGACCCAACUGCCACAGACCUGGGUCUCCGCAUGGACAACGGCACCACCGUUCCCCUGGGGAUGAACUUCACGAUUUUCCGGCAUCGUGGUAUUCUCAUCCACAGCUUGCGUCCCAGCUUCAACGCUGACUAUGUUUGCACCGCCAGGGUCAACGGGAUGGAGAGAACCUCUAGGGCCUUCUCCAUCAACGUAAUUCAGAAGCUCCGUUUCCCACCAUAUGUCUUCCUUGAGACGGAUGAAUUUGUGCGCAUAAUUGGUGAGGAACUAAGGGUUAUCUGCACAACUCACAACCCUAACUUCAACUACAAUGUCACCUGGAAAUACACCACCAAGUCGAGACCAACAAUUGAGGAGAGGGCUCGCUCCAGUGGAGAAAACCGCCUGGACAUUCAGAGCAUUUUUACUCUCUCUACUGUGGACCUUACAGACACAGGAAACAUUUCCUGCAUUGGAACUAAUGAAGCAGGUGUGAACAGCUCAACCACAUACUUACUGGUUGUAGACAAGCCCUACAUCAGACUGCUGCCUCAGCUGUCCCCCAAGCUGGCCUUCAAGGGUCUUUCAGUGGAGGUGAAUGAGGGAGAAGAUCUGGAGCUCACUGUGCUCAUUGAAGCAUACCCUCAAAUUACCGAGCAUAAAUGGCACACACCGACAUCUCCUAACACAUCAACACAGGAGCACAAACUCAUCAGAUACAACAACAGAUAUCAUGCUACACUGCAGCUAAAGAGGGUGAAUGCACAGGAGCAAGGACAAUACACUUUCUAUGCCCAGAGCAACUUGGCCAAUGCAUCCAUCACGUUCCAAGUCCAAAUGUAUCAGAAGCCUAUUGCAGUUGUAAGAUGGGAAAACAUCACCACACUCACCUGCACCUCCUUCGGUUAUCCUGCACCCAGAAUCAUCUGGUACCAAUGUUUUGGGAUACGGCCUACGUGUAAUGAAAACACCUCAGGGCUGCAGCUGGCAACCUCUCUCCAGGCUCCCACUGUGGAGGUCCAGAGAGAGGAGUAUGGAGCUGUGGAGGUGGAGAGUGUCCUCACUGUGGGACCGUCCAGGCGCAGGAUGACUGUCGAGUGCGUGGCUUUCAACCUUGCUGGCUUCAGCAGCGACACUUUUGCUAUGGAGGUUUCUGAUAAACUCUUCACGUCCACCUUAACAGGAGCAGCUGGAAUUCUGGCCAUUCUGCUUGUGCUGUUGGUUUUUCUGUUUUACAAAUACAAGCAGAAACCCAGGUAUGAGGUCCGCUGGAAGAUCAUUGAGGCGAGAGAUGGAAACAACUACACCUUUAUUGACCCCGCCCAGCUGCCAUACAAUGAGAAGUGGGAGUUCCCAAGAGACAAGCUAAAGCUAGGGAAGAUCCUUGGGGCAGGAGCUUUCGGAAAGGUCGUUGAGGCCACAGCUUACGGUCUUGGAAAGGAGGACAAUGUGAUGCGUGUGGCUGUAAAAAUGUUAAAAGCCAGUGCCCAUUCAGAUGAAAGGGAGGCUCUCAUGUCUGAGCUUAAGAUCCUGAGCCACCUGGGACACCACAAGAACAUUGUCAAUCUGCUGGGAGCCUGCACUUACGGAGGACCGGUGCUUGUGAUCACAGAGUACUGCAGCCUCGGCGACCUCCUGAACUUUCUUCGCCAGAAGGGAGAGACGUUUAUGAACUUUGUAAUGAACAUUCCCGACAUGACAGAGAACUCAAGUGACUACAAAAAUGUCUGCACACAGAAACAGUUCAUUAGGAGUGACAGUGGAAUCUCCAGUUCAUCCUCAAGCAGUUAUUUAGAGAUGAGACCAAGCUACCCGACCAACGUGGAAUCAUCUCAAAAUUCUUUGUGUGAGGAGACUGGUGACUGGCCGCUGGACAUGGAUGACUUGUUGAGGUUUUCCUUUCAAGUGGCUCAGGGUCUCGAUUUCCUGGCUGCCAAGAACUGUAUUCACAGAGAUGUGGCUGCCAGGAAUGUCCUCUUGACCAACCGCAGAGAGGCCAAGAUUUGUGACUUUGGCCUGGCACGAGACAUCAUGAAUGACUCCAACUACGUGGUGAAGGGAAAUGCACGUCUACCAGUGAAGUGGAUGGCUCCAGAGAGUAUCUUUGAGUGUGUGUACACAGUCCAGAGCGACGUCUGGUCCUACGGCAUCCUUCUAUGGGAGAUCUUCUCUUUAGGCAAGAGCCCCUACCCCAGCAUUGCAGUGGACUCUAGGUUCUACAAGAUGGUGAAACGUGGCUACCAGAUGUCCCAACCAGACUUUGCACCACCUGAGAUUUACAUGAUCAUGAAGAUGUGCUGGAAUCUGGAGCCUACGCAGCGUCCUACAUUCAGCAAAGUCUCACAGAUGAUAGAAAGACUACUUGGGGACCAACCAGAGCAGGAGCAGCUAAUCUACCAGAAUGUGCAGCAGCAGCAGGUCACGGAAGGUGAAGUGUGUGACGAGCCCAAGUGCUGCGAAGGCCCCUGUGACGAGUCUUGUGACCACGAGGAAGAGGAGCAGCCUCUGAUGAAGACCAACAACUACCAGUUUUGUUGAAAUCCUUCAGCAACCAAUCGAUCAGCAAAAACCUAUCACUUCUCAAAAAGCAUCAGAAAAGUUGGGAUGCAGCUGUUGCUCGUUGUCAGAGCACCACAGCUCCUUCUAACGCUCAGAUAGUCGCAGAGUCGCCCUCUCAGCUAUUUUUUGCCUGUCGUGCCUGCUAACCAGACAGACAAGCAGCUGCAGCGAGCAUGUGACUUGCUUCUUUGCAGACCAUGACUAGAAAUUGCCACGUCUAACUCCGACUGCAGACAUGAAAGGAGGAAACAUGUCAACAAACCACACAAGCAUCCAAAGCCGUACUUUAUGCUAAUGGACUUUUGCCGCCCUUUCUCUUGUGUAUUUGUUGCAUAAUAUGUUUAUCCAAAGGGGAAUUUGUCCGUCCCUUCCCGUUAGUGUGUUUUUAGUUAUUGUAUAUUUUACAUUAUUUUCCUUAUAUGUGUUUAAUGUUGCCUCAUGAUAGUUGAUGUUGUUGUUUUUGUGAUUUCAGUCAUUUUGUCAGCAGGCUUACUUCCUUCUCAUCAUUUUCUUGCAUGUAUGGUUUCUCAGAAAAAAAAGCAGUCACAAACACUGGAUUCAAAGCCACAUGAAAUACCUUUUUUUUUUUUUUUGCUCAAGACAAGUUCGGUUUUGUUCUCAGGUCACCUUAAUUGAACAUCCAAACAGUGCAAGUGUUGUCCCUUGUUUUAAACAUGCUAACUGGACCGUGGAGAAGGCAAAGAAUGACCAUGUUGUUUUCCUCUCUGUGCUUUGGUCAUAGCUGAUUCUCUUGUGACACACUUACUGUAGCUGUCAGUUAGCGGAUUCAUGUGAUUGUUUUGCUUCAGUCUAAUUAAUUAACCAGUGUUCAGUGGGGUUUUGUGAGCAGGGAAUAGAACUGAACUGAGCAGGGAAAUCUGUGGAUCUGUUGUGGAUCAAGAUGAACAAUGUGAAAGUGAAUCUUUUCAUUUCGUUAAGAGUUCAACGAGUUUUAGGAUGUAUGCUUCAACUGAUGUCUAUAUGUAGCGGUCAGCUUACACUGCCAACUGUAUGAAGAUUUUAGAAUAACAUAUAAGCUGUUAGAGUGAUACAAAAUGCUCAUUUGUGCGAUUUCAGGCAUUUCAUUUGUGCUUUCGUUGGAAUGAAACACAAGAGCAAGGUGUCUAGUAAUGUAUAUAUCUCAUGAUGUAAAUCAAAAAUCAUCUUUAUUUUCACAUAUAUGUUCUAGACUAGAUACGAGUACGUCAUUAUGUCAUAUAUUGGUUGUGAUUUGUGUGCAAAUGAGAAUCAAUUUAAAGGUUCAAAUAAACUCACUAAGAAGCUAAAGAGCUGUCAAAAGAAGCUCAAUUUUGCAAUGUAAUGUUAACACUGGACUAUGAUGUGGUGAAAGGUAUUUCUCAGCUAAUUCUGUCUUCAUUAUAUAUCAUGUUCUGAUAGAAACUGUGCUGCAGGCAAGUUCUGCUCUGCUCACUUCCUGUUUUCCAUUGGAUAAUGUCCAAUCUGCAUUUCCUCUGGAACAUUUCCCACAGUAAAUGUCAACGUUGCACAACGCUGAAAUCUUUGGACAGAAGUAUUUGAAACUACUUUCAGUCUGCAUGCUCUAUCAUCUUUUUCUGUGCUGAAAUCUUUGUUCCCUCUUUACUCUACGAAGCACAGUCUUUGUUUAACUGUCUGUCAAAACGUGACAUGAUUCUGACUAUCAGUAAAGCCUCAUAAUCUCAACAGA